GGUUCAUAAGACUCUUCUAGUGACAUAUUAACAGAUUCCUACAGUUAAAAGGCUCUGGUUGAAGCGACACUGGAUUUCACGAGUGUUUUAAAGGUUUUAGUGACAAUAACAAGACCGCUAGUGUUUCCACGUCUCCGAAUCAUCUUGAUGCUGGACUGUAGCCACGAAACGAAAUCACAAAAGCAGGACUACGCUAUCAAAGUUUGGCAGGGCAGUGACGCAAGAAUGACGUCACGAGCAGCUUAAUGGCGGGAAGAUGACGUCACUAGCCCGGCUCACCAUGAUGGCAGCCUCCUGUGUGGUGCACUGAGCUGACUACUGACCGCCUCACCACUCUCUCUCUCUCCUCUCCCUCUCCUCUCCCUGCCAACAUGAGGAAGGGUCGCAUUGAGCUGGGUGACGUAACGCCCCACAACAUCAAGCAGCUGAAGCUCCUCAACCAGGUGGUGUUCCCCGUCAGCUACAACGACAAGUUCUACAAGGAUGUCCUGGAGGCGGGAGAACUGGCCAAGCUUGCGUACUACAAUGACAUGGUGGUGGGGGGCGUGUGCUGCCGUGUGGAUGUGCAGGAGGGCCAGCGCCGCCUGUACAUCAUGACGCUGGGCUGCCUGGCACCCUACAGAAGGCUGGGCAUUGGCACCAAGAUGCUCGAACAUGUCCUUAACUUUGUCGAGAAGGAAGGAAACUUUAACUCCAUCUUCCUACACGUGCAGGUGAACAAUGACGGAGCGUUGGAUUUCUACAAGAAGUUUGGCUUUGAGGUGGUGGAGACCAAACAACACUACUACAAACGCAUCGAACCGGCCGAUGCUCACGUACUGCAAAAGACCCUGCUACGCUCCUGAGUCCCUGCCCCCUACCUACCCCCUGCCUCACCCCUGCCCCCUGCUCCCUGCCUCAGAUUUCCCUCCCAAGUCCACUGUUCUCCAUUCCUUAGUCCCUGAAAAAUCUCCUUACCUUUCCUACAUCCUCCUGCCUGUUCCCUGCCUCCUCCCUCCUGUCCCUGCCACAUCCCUCUUAUGCUGUUAUGGGGUGUGUAGUGGCAGUCUAAGUGGGUGUGUUGGUGUUGGUGUGUGUUGGUGUGUUGGUUUGGUGAUCGGCUGGUGUGUGUUCUCUCAGGGUGUAAGUUUCGUGACAGCUUUGAAAGUUUUGUUUUAGGUUUGUUUUAAAAAUUUUGACUCUAGUUAUGGAAAUUCUCCAGUUUAAAUGUGGUGUCUUGAAAUAUUGCCAGGUUGUUGACGUUGAGAGUGUAAAUAACUUCCACUAGAACCUGUAAAACUGUCACUGGGGUCCCCCAAAAAACGUUCUUUGAAAUAAUAACAUGCACUGGAGUCUAUGAAAUUUGUCACUUGAGCCUUGAAAACCAAAUAACUACUUCUACAAUCUAUUUAAGCAUCACUAAAACCUUGAAAAACCCCAAUAAUUUUCACUACAGCCUUUCAAACUCACUAGAACCUUCAUAAACCUUACCAACUUCCACUUGAGUCUAUAUAACUAGUAUUAGAACCUUGAAAAACCCCCAAUAACUUCCACUGCAGCCUAUCAAACUAUCACUAGAACCUUGAAAACCCUAAUAACUUCUGCUACAAUCUAUUUAAAUCACAAGAACCUUGAAAAACUCCAAUAACUUCCACUGCAUCCUUUCAAACUAUAACUAGAACCUGAAAGAACCCAAUAACUUCCUCUAGAACCUUGAAAACCCUAAUAACUUACAGUACAGCCUUUCAAACUAUCACUAGAACCUUGAAAAACCCCAAUAACUUACACUAGAACCUUGAAAACCACAAUAACUUACACUAGAACCUUGAAAACCCCAAUAACUUACACUAGAACCUUGAAAACCCCAAUAACUUCCAUUACAUCCUUGAAAACCCCAAUAACUUCCAUUAGAACCUUGAAAACCCCAAUAACUUCCAUUAGAACCUUGAAAACCCCAAUAACUUACACUAGAACCUUGAAAACCCCAAUAACUUCCACUGCAGCCUUUUAUAACAGUGAGAACAAGGCAACAAAAUAUUUUAGAAGAUUGAGUUUAGUUUUGUUGAAGGAGGAAUGAACCACCACCACCACCACCACCACCACCACCACCACCACCGAUAUUGUUGAUCUAUUUAGCUCUGAUCUAUUACAGCAAAAAAUGACUCUUAUAUGCAUAACCUAAUAAGCCCUAGGUGUGAUUUUGUACAUAACGUGUGUGUGUGUGUGUGUGUGUGUGUGUGUGUGUGUGUGUGUGUGUGUGUGUGUGUAGCUAUGUAGUUGUUCAUCAUCUGUACAUAUGCAUACACUGCUAACCUGUGUAUACUUGGGUCAGGAGGGAGAAAAUUUGCAUACUCGCUUCCACAUGUGUUUUUUGCAAGUGUCUUUUCUCUCAUUGGCUAAUUUGAUCGGAGAAUUUGUUACUGUCACUGCUACUAUUAUUAUUAUUAUUAUUAUUAUUAUUAUUAUUGUUGUUGUUUGGUUUGAUGGACUUGUUUUCUUUCCUAUGACAGCCACACAAUGUCCUCUGGUGUUUCCUGGUCUCAUUGCUGGUCAAAACCUAAUCUAACCUAACCUAAUUUAUGUCACAUCAUUCUCUUCAUACCAUCUCCAACUUUUUAUUAUUUUUUCAUUUAUUUUUAUUUAUUUAUUUAUUUUUUUUUUGGCCAUCUAACCUUACCAAACCAAAUCUAAUUGUUCCUUUCUCCUUCUGACAACACAACCAAUAGUGUCACCUGUCCUCCAAAUUAAAGGACUAAAUGUGAUGAAAGACUCUUAAGAUUUGUCUCAAUGUAAUGAAAGACACUGUAAAAUUUGUCAAUGUGAUGAAAGACACUAAGAUUUCUGUAAAUGUGAUGAGAGACACUGUAAAUCCUCUGUUAAUGUGAUGAAAGACACUGUAAAAUCUCUGUUAAUGUGAUGAAAGGCACUGAAUUUUCUGUAACGUGACUUGAAAUUAGUGCCAAUGUAAUGAAAGACACUUAAGAUUUGUGGAAGUGAGUGUGAAAGGUUUUGCAAGACUUCACUGUCCCGCUGUACCUGUCCCAGUAUCAGUGUUUGUUAUCCAGCCUUACUCCAGAGCCUCCUGUCACUCUUGCUUUGUGUCAAGGAGGAGGAAGAUGAAGAGGAGGAGGAGGAAGAGGAAGAUGAGGAGGAGAAGGAGGAAAGUGAGAGGAAAGAAAUAAAUAAAAAAAAAAAAGGCAAGGAAUGAUUGGUGGAAAAAGUUAGUUGCUCCUGAUGUGUGUGUGUGUGUGUGUGUGUGUGUGUGUGUGUGUGUGUGUGUGUGUGUGUGUGUGUGUGUGUUCCAUGUUCAGAUUAAGUUCUUAUUUUACUCCUUUUUUGUAUUUUUUUUUCUUGGUGGAGUGAAAAGAGAGAGAAUGUGAAGUGAUGGAAUGAAAUGAAUUGGCUGCAAGUUUA